AUGGCGAACGAGCGCGAGAGCAAGACUUUCCUCGCCCGCCUCUGCGAGCAAGCUGAGCGUUACGAUGAGAUGGUCACAUUUAUGAAGGAGGUUGCCAAGCUGGGCGGUGAGCUUACUGUCGAUGAGCGCAACCUGUUGUCAGUGGCGUACAAGAACGUGGUCGGCACCCGCCGGGCCAGCUGGCGCAUCAUCUCCUCCAUUGAGCAGAAGGAGGAGUCCAAGGGCUCCGAUAAGCACGUCGCCACCAUCCGCGGCUACCGCAACAAGAUCGAGAGCGAGCUGGAGAAGGUCUGCCAAGACGUGCUCGAUGUCCUGGAUGAGUCUCUCAUUCCCAACGCCGCCACAGGCGAGUCCAAGGUCUUCUACCACAAGAUGAAGGGCGAUUACCACCGAUACCUCGCCGAGUUCGCGUCGGGCGAGAAGCGUAAGGUUGCCGCCACUGCCGCCCACGAGGCUUACAAGAGCGCUACCGAUGUUGCUCAGACCGAGUUGACUCCUACGCACCCCAUCCGUCUGGGUCUGGCGCUCAACUUCUCCGUCUUUUACUACGAGAUUCUCAACUCCCCUGACCGUGCAUGCCAUCUUGCUAAGCAGGCUUUUGAUGAUGCGAUUGCCGAGCUUGAUUCUCUCUCCGAGGAGUCUUACCGCGACAGCACGCUUAUCAUGCAGUUGCUCCGGGAUAACUUGACACUCUGGACCUCGUCUGACAGCGGUGAGCCCGAGGCUGCUCCUGCCGACGCCCCCAAGGCCGAUGACAAGGCCCCAAAGAAGGAGGAUGAAUCCGAGGCCGACGCACCCGCGCCUGCUCCCGAGUCGUAA